ACGCCCAGUUACUUCCGGUGGAGACAUCCGUGAUGAGUGUCAUGAAGACAACGUGAUCUGCUACAAGUUUUAUGAAGUUUUCUAGCUGGUCUGACCAUGUUUAUUUGUGAAAUAUGUCAUUAAUAUAAUUAUUUCCGUGUGUUUAUUUCAUUGUGUCCAGUAUCGUUGCAUCUAUACGCUUAUUUUGCCACCGACUGGCCGUAACCUUGGCCUGUUGUGUUUGGGUUAACGGUAACCUUACCAAACACUAGACAUGUCCGGUAUCUGUCAAGCUUUGAGCCCUUUAUCUGCCAAGAUUCUGACAGGAGCUACAUCAUGCGGAUGGUUUGUGUCAGCACGCAGUAAAUUCACCAAGGCAAGAAUUCCAAAAGAGCUGUUUGCAGAGCGAUCGAAAGAACAUGAGAAAUAUGGGGGUGACCCAGAACAACCUCACAAACUGCAUAUAGUGACACGUGUCAAAAGUGCAAUACGUAGGCCAUACUGGGAAAAGGAAAUAAUCAAAUACCUUGGACUUCAAAAGGCUCACACCCCUGUCAUUCACAAGAAUACGCUUUCUGUCAAUAACCAGCUCAAAUUUGUCAAGCAUCUUGUGAGGAUCCAGCCUUUAAAGACUCCUUUUGGACUUCCCUCUGAACAAGACAUGGCCGACAGCUACAUUAACAGUAAAGGAGAGCUGAUUGUUCGGCGUCUGCUGCAACCUGUAGAUCCCAAGGCAAUUGAGUCCUAGCAUGUCUGUCAUAUAUUAUUAGAUCAGUUGUAAAUAAAUAUCAUCGUGAAACUCCC